AUGUCGCCAGAUAUAGCCACGGUUAAGAAAUCUGCAGUCUCAAUUCCACCUGUAGGGAUUAUCCCUCCUAUCCCAACAUCCACAAAUUUAUCCUUUGGUCAGGCAUCGUCAGUCGAGAAUUCAGGAAAUUCUUCAUUAGAUUAUGAUAUUCCGUCUUGGGCAGGACGACCUCCGAGUGGAUGCCAUCUUGAUGUCGUGAAAGGUGACCAAUUGAUUCAGAAAUUGAUGGUUGACGAGAAAGGUGCUUAUUUUUUUGGUCGGAAUCCAAAGCAGUGCGAUUUUGUUGUGGAACAUGCAUCAUGUUCUAGAGUACAUGCGGUUUUGGUUUAUCAUAAGUUUCUCCAGCGAUUUGCUCUUGUAGAUUUGAACAGUUGUCACGGUACCUUCGUUGGUAAAGUUCGCAUCGAAUCUAAACAACCAGUUUUUAUUGAUGUUGAUAGUAUAUUCCAUUUUGGUGCCUCAACUAGAAGAUAUAUAUUGCGUGCUAAGCUUGAUUCAGCUGAUGAUGAUGAUGAUGAAGGAAAUAAAGAUAUGCUUCCCGAGGAGCAUGAGCUUGAGAACUUAACCGAGUAUAACACGGCUUUAAAUAGACGCAUACCUGUUAUACCCAUUUCUCUAGAAGAUGCGCGUCGCAAAAAAAGGCCGAGAGGAAAUGUUGCGUUCAUUGAAGAAGAGACCAUCAUAAAUCCAGAAGAUGUUGAUCCAACAGUAGGUCGUUUUCGGAAUUUGGUUGCGACUGCCAUUAUAUCGUCAAAGCGAAAAUCUCCAGACCAAGAAUCUGACCAACGAAAUAAAGAUUGUCCUGUUCAAAAAAAGAUUUUGAGACCUGGACGGGUUGAUGAUUAUAAAAACAUAAAAUAUUCACAGCCAAUGAUUUCGAGUUUGUCAAUUGUCAUGAAUGCUGCACCAGAUUUGGAGUUAUAUGCAAAAAGUUUGCCCGAGCCUAGCUCAGGGCAUAUAGGACCAUUCGUACAAGGAACACAUCGAAUACGUGAUGAUGAAGAUGGGGAUGCACCACACAAAAAGAAGUAUGCAAAAGAGUCAUGGCCUGGUAGAAAACCAAAUCAAAGCCGCGUUUUGGCAUAA